AUGGAUUCGCCAAUCUGUACAGAAAACAAUCAUGCUCCAUUCAAGGAUCAAAUUGACGAUGAAACUGUCAUGUUCGACUUGGACAUGAGUGUUGAUGGUAUGCCGGAUACACCAUUGAAAAAUGAUGAUAAUGAUUCUGAUACACAGAAAUCUCGAACUAAUCAAUCAGGCAAUUCACUUUCUGCUCUGCCUUCAAGACGUGAGAGUAGAUUAAAGUCAGAGAAUGCUUCACGUUCUGCUUCAUUCUCAGGACUUGCUGAUAAUGUUCACUUGGAGGAUAUUUAUGAAUAUGAUUGGGCAGAUAGUGAUUCUGAAUCUCCAGGUGGAAAAAAUGAAAAAGAAUCGUAUAUUGUGCAGGAAAUUCUUGCUGAUUAUUUAAAGAUUAAAUCUUUUAAACGUAAAUAUCCUGAUCUAUCAAGACGUGCAAUGGAUGCUUAUGAACGUUCAUGGUUACAACAAGAAGGCAUUGUUCCUGUUGGUCGUGCAGAUCUUGGCCUAACAGCACUUAAAACAGAUGAUGUUAUGAAGUUGCUGCAACAAGAUUAUCCAGAAGUACAUGUUGCCCUGACUGAUCUAUUUCGUCGACGAAAGUUUAAGACAACAAUUGAAAAUCAAAAACGUCAAUAUGAAGCUGCUCGUAUUGAACGCGGUGAAGCUCGAGCUGAGGCUGCACGUCGACGGGCUUUAGAUUCAGCUGCUGAUUAUAACCAUCGUCUUAUAAGUGAACGUUUAAAUUCCAGGCGGUGUUAUUGGGAUUUACAAACAAUGCAAAUUCAUAUACCACAAAGAAAGUAUAAACUAUUAGAUUAUACAAAUAUUCCUACUGGUGCUGUUAUACCUGGACAAUUUGCUGAAUAUUAUAUGAAUUAUACCCCGGAACAAUUAUCCUACCUUCCACUUUCACGUGUACUAUAUCCACAUCCAUUGCAAAAGCAUAAAAAUCCACCUCCGCUGCCUACAACACUUCGAUUUGGAUCAAUUAAACCUAAAGUCAGUACACCACCGGUUGUUAUGACUACUACUAAUUCAGAUUUCGGGGAUCAGUAUUCAACUGGUGGAGAUAAUUCCCGGUUAAUGGAUCCUUCAAAUCAUCAUUAUAAUAAUGAUAAUAAUAAUUAUAAUAAUAAUAAUAAUAGUAAUAAUCAUAUUAUGAAUUCAACAGAUGGUGUGCACCGAGGUGUGCAUCAUACUGAUGGAACAUUUUCGGCUACAGGCAAUGGUAAUACUAAUUCAAAUACAUUUUCUACGGAAUCAGAUGUGGAUAAGGCGAAUAGUUCAAUUUAUCGACGAUUUAAAACAAAUGUUGGCGAUAUGAAUACCGAGAAUCCAAGUUGUGUUGUUUGUGGACAAUUGGCUUUAAAUUAUAUACGUUGUUCUGAGUGUAAAUUAAUUGGACAUCCAAAAUGUUUAGAUAUCCCUGAUUCUAUGAUACCAGGUGUGAAAAGUUACGCUUGGACCUGCUUAGAAUGCAAGCGUUGUGUAGAGUGUAAUGAUUCUGGUCAAGAGGAUCAAAUGAUGUUCUGUGAUCGUUGUGAUCGUGGUUAUCAUGCCUUUUGUGUUGGUCUUGGUCGAAUACCUAAUGGAAAAUGGGAAUGUCUACUGUGUGAAGCCUUGCCAACACCAGCAAAGAAAGGUCGACCAAGGAAAUAUGCUCCUAAGGAUAUGGAUGAUUUACCCUGGGGAUAUAGUGUAAGAAAGCCGUGUAAACCAAAAGUGAAGAGUAUUAGCAAUUUUCCCCGACCGAAACCAAUGUAUGAUAUUAAAAAAGAUGCGCCUGUAAGGCUGCUUACUCCUGCUGCUUCACACAACAUUCUCCUCUCAACAGCAGCAGCAGGAGGUGGAGGGGUAGGAGGAGGUAAUACUAGUGGUAAUAUAGAAGUCCCUAAACGUCGUAGAGGUCGACCACCGAAGAAAAAACCUAUAAUACCAAGUUUACCAACUCCAAUUUCAUCGUAUAUUCAAAAUCCGAGUAGUUUUACUGCAGCACCUUCAGAGAUAUCAGCCUCUUUGCCAACUGCUCCAUCGACACCACGACCUGAAAAUGAGUCGCAUCCAGUCACCUAUCCCACUAUUACUACUACUAAUACCACUACUACUAUUGCUACUGUUAGUAAUGCUAUCGCUCCUGAAAAAGAAGUACCGUGUAAUGAUAAAAUUCCCAAUUCUCAAGAGAAAACAGAAGAAUCCACUCCGCAUAAUCCUGUUGAAAUCAGUGAAGGGGAUAAAGUUACUGUAAAACAUGAUUCUGAAGUAUCGAUCUCUGAUGUGACAAAUUUAAACGAUUCGAAUAAUGUUGAAAAAUAAUUUAUUGACUUGUGUGUUUGUUUGUUGGUUGGUUUGUGUAUGCGUGUGUAUCUGCACGCCUCAAUGUCUAUAACAACUGUGAAUUUCCUUUGUUACAUUUUAAAAUGUAAUAUGUUCUCUUUUGUUUUUGCUGUUUCACUUGUUCUUGUAAAAUAAUUGUAGAUAAAAACGACAGGGAUUUCUUUUCAUCUCUUAUUUCUUUCUUGAAAUGUGUUCAUAAUAUUUUUUCUAUUGUAAAUGUAAGUAUUUGUUUCUUUCUUUUGC